AUGGCAUGCCCAGACUGUUUCCGCGGCUCCAUCCACGAGGGCGAACCUCGCGGCAAAGUCACCCACGCCUACGGCCUGGAGACGUACGUCGUCGAGCCAUCCGACGGACAGCCCCCGAAAGGCAUCGUCGUCGUGCUUCCGGAUGCCUUUGGAUGGACCUUUGUCAAUGUGAGGCUGCUCGCGGAUAAGUAUGCCGACAUGGGCGGGUUCAAGGUGUAUGCGCCCGAGUUAAUGAAUGGUUGGUCUGCGCCAUUGUGGAUGCUCGACAGCAUGAAGAUGGUGUCAUCACCAUCUUCCGGGAUUCUUACAAAAAUCUACCACUCGCUCCGCGUUCUACGCGCUAUCCUUCCCGUCGUCAUCUACAACUGGCCAAGCAGGGCAUACCCCAAAGUCAAAGGCUUCUUCGAACAGCUCCGCAAGGAAGAAGGCUCCUCUCUGCCCGUCGGCGCCGCGGGCUUCUGCUGGGGCGGCAAGCAAGUCGUGCUGCUGGGUCGCGGCGACACAAUCGAUGGAAGACCGCUGAUUGACGCCGGAUUCGCGGGCCAUCCGAGUCUACUCAGCCUCCCCAGCGAGAUGGAAGCGCUGAAGGUGCCCGUCUCGUUUGCCAUAGGCGAUCACGACGAAUGGAUUUCGGUGGAACAGGCUGGAAGAAUGAGGGAGAUUGUCGAGGCGAAGGAGGAGUCUGCCCGUGGAGAGGUGGCCGUUUAUCCUCAGACUGCCCAUGGGUUCUGUCUGAGGGCGGAUCACACGUUUGAGAAGUCGGAGAGGCAGGCGGACGAGGCGGCUGAGCAGUGCGUCAAGUGGUUUACUGCUCACUUCAAGGCUUCAUGA